GAGAUGAAAGGGGCCAGGUGAGGAGGAGACACAGGAGCGUCUCUCUCUCUCUCAGUCUCUCUCUCUCUGUGUCUGUGACGUGGUGUGUGUGUGUGAUGGAGAGAAAGCGAAACAGGUCGACUCUCCUUCAGUAGACUGUUAACCUGCACAGGAGGAAGCAGCCCUCUUCAGACUGAGAUCUCUCAGUGUGAAGGUCAAGUUGGAGAAAGAAGGGCAACUUCACUAAGAGUAAUCAGGAAAUAAGUGAAAACUGAGAGCGUCUGCAAAGCUCCAGGCUGAAGUCUCCGGCGCUCAGGUCUACAGCUCCAGCUGCCAUGACAGACACCCCCGCUUGAGCUUCUCAGUGACACCCUAUGACGGGGGAGGAUGGGUGAUGGGCCCGUGAAAUUCAGCGGACUCUUUCCUCCUUAUCCCAUCCUCUCAUGGAGCACCCUGUCACACCGAGCCCCUCCUGGAACCAUUCUCUCUCGGGCCUCCCCAUACUUCCAGCCUCUCUGCACCCAAAUAUCUCUAACGUGACCUCGCCGGCCACAAGCCUCUCAGGGGGGCUCGAUCUGAACCGGUCCUUGGCGCUGUGUGCCAUGCUCAUCAUCGAUGUACUGGCGGUGGUGGGGAACUUGGCUGUGAUGAUUGUGAUCACUAAAACGCCGCAGCUACGCAAGUUUUCCUUUGUGUUCCACCUGUGUCUGGUGGACCUGCUGGCAGCGCUGGUGUUGAUGCCUCUGGGGAUGCUGUCAGACCGAAUCCUUGCGGACGAGGCGCUGUGUCGGAGCUACCUCUGCCUGAGUGUGUGUCUAGUGAGUGCUGCCAUCCUCACCAUCUGUGCCAUCAACGUGGAGCGCUACUACUACAUCGUCCACCCCAUGCGUCAUGAGGUGAAGAUGACACUGGGGCUGGUGGUGACAGUGUUAGUGCUAAUCUGGAUUAAAGCCAUUGUUAUGUCGGUGCUGCCUCUCGUUGGAUGGCUGCUUCAGGGGAACCAGGGUGUGGGGACUCCUUCGACCCUCAUUCAGGGUCAGAGACACUGCUCACUUCACUGGACGGGAGUCAGACACACGCGGCUACUUUUCAUGGUCUUCUUUACGUUCAUCUAUUUUCUUUGCCCUAUGCUGAUCAUCCUGGUGGUCUACUGCAACAUGUUCAAGGUGGCGAGGGUAGCAGCCAUGCAGCACGGCCCCCUGCCCACUUGGAUGGACACGCCCAGACAACGCUCCGAGUCAAUCAGCAGCCACUCCACCAUGGCAGCCAGCCUCGGUGGAACUGGCGCCCGCACCACCCCACAGAGGACCUUCAGCGGUGGGAAGGCUGCGGUGGUUUUGGUGGCAGUGGGUGGCCAGUUCCUCUGCUGCUGGCUGCCAUAUUUCUACUUCCAUCUCUACACGGCGGUGGUCUCUACCUCUCCCUCCUCACUGGCCCAGCUGGAGGAUGUUGUCACAUGGAUAGGCUAUUUUUGCUUCACCUCCAACCCCUUCUUCUACGGCUUCCUGAACCGUCAAAUUCGCGAGGAGCUGGGCCGCCACCUGGCCUGCCUCUUCAAGCGGGCCGGGCCAAGCGAAGGGGAGCAGCUGCCCAGCCGCGAGGCCUCCAUCGAGGAGAACUUUUUGCAGUUCCUUCAGGGCACUGGAUGCAAUCUGGAGCCCUGCAACUCACACAUCAGAGGCAACCAAGAGGAUCCAGAGACUGAGGGCCUUCAGGAAUCAGCUGUUCAGCAGAACACGCCAGCUGACUUCCACAUCCCAGGGCAGAUCCUUGAAGAAACCUCAGAGUUCAUACAGCGACAACAGCUGAACAAUGAGCUACAUGUAUCAGAGAACUGCUACAAAACUGUGCCCGAGCUGUAGCUGCCUCUCAUGUACCGUCUCUUUUGCCAUCUAUAAUCCAUUAAAUAUAUUUAGUUUUAUUCUUAUUUUCUAAAAUGUGUUAAGUUAAUACAUAUUUUGUUCAUGCUACAACAGUGCUUUUAAGCUAACAACCAAGUGAACUGCAAAACACGUUGUCUUUUUCAAAAUAAUUUAAGUUGUGUCGAGAUUUCGGAGAAAGACGAAGACGAAUAUGUUUCAUCUUGCUCGUAUCAUGGAGCAUUACAUGUUUUCAGAGCCAUACAGUGUCAGACUGUUUUCAAUGUGAUGUUAGCUGAUGGACACUAAACUAUUGUGAUAAUCACGGGUCAGUGGUGUGACAAACAUCACAUAAAAAAAGAAUUGUUGAAACUCUGUGAGUGCAAAACUUCAGGGGAAACACCAAUGUUCACACUUGGGAAACUCUUAGAGCCAUUUAAUGACAUUUUAAGUGAAAAAGUGAAAUGUGACUUUUGAUAUGCAUUCCUUAAUUUAUUCCUCAUUUAAGUGAGGUUAAAAAAUGUUAAGUGUGAAAUAAGUCAUAAAACAUCACUGCGAUUACAUCAAAAAUGCUCUACUUCCA